AUUCUCCUUGCAGAGCGUGAUGCACAAAAAUGGUUCCACGAUGAGCUCGGCAAGCACAUGCUGACCAAGCAUGAAGGCCGGAGUGCCAGUUUGCAUCCAAAGAGCUAGCGCGGUCGAUGCAAGCGCCGACCCGGGCCGACAUGGAGGCUUUGAAACGUUCUGCGCGGUUCUUGGUCGGAGCCGGACGGCUUGUGCAGCGUUUUCACAUGCAGGAAGACCCGGGGCGGGUGACCGUGUUCACGGACAGUGACCACGCCGGGUGUCUGAAGACACGGAAGUCCACAAGUUGCACUAUGACGUUCUACGGCAAGCACAUGGUGCGUGCAACUUCUACGACACAAGGGGUCAUCGCCCUUUCUUCUGGCGAAAGCGAGUUCUACGCUGCAGUCAAGGGUGCCUCAGUGGGUCUGGGGACUGUUCAGAUGUUGCUGGACAUGGGAGUCCACGUAGCUAAACCAGUGAAGCUGUUAGUCGACGCUACAGCCGGCAUCGGCAUUGCAAGCCGCAGAGGUGUCGGUAGGAUCCGUCACAUCCACACACCGGCGCUGUGGUUACAGCGUGCCGUCCAUGAUGGCAGAGUGCUCAUGGACAAGGUCCACGGGAAGGUGAACCCAGCAGACGCUGGCACCAAGCACGUGGACGCCAAGGCGAUUCAAGGCAUGCGGUCGCUAGCUGGAUUCGUCGUUCUUGCUGGGGCCAGCAAGCGAGCCUUGAAAGCCACCCUGCGCUAGGAAGCGGCCACGGUGCCUGCUCCUAGCCCGCAGCUUGGGCCGGUCGCGCUCCUUGGGGUCAGAUCCACGGCAGUGCGAGGAAACGGCGUUUGAGCCAGCUCCUCCCCCGAGGGCGGCGGCACAACACCCCAGCAGGGCUACGGGGGUGCAGGUGCCCACCUUGGCACUCGCGCUUGGCGCUCUCCCGGCGCCACGAGACACCGAGAGAGCAGGAGGAGUGCAUGAAUCUCCUGGCACUCCCCUGGUCUGAGUCUUCUGCAGUGUAGCUUGAAACGUGAGCUCAGGGAGCAUGCAGUGAGGGAGGGUUAGGGGCAUUAGCAGUAGUAGCAGCAUUUUGCACUCAUCCGUAACUGUGAUGGCUUAGUUGCGAUUCGAGCGUUCGCAUAAACGCUAAUCGUAUAUACACUG